AUGGGUCCUCCCUCUAGAUCGAGUACCCCGCUAGGCAUACCAUUACGCAGCCUCGUUCCGAGCACAACAUCUUCGCCUCCCUCCGCCGUCUAUGCGAUCCUCACCCCCGAAGAGACCGCAUCAAAGCUACAGUCUUCAUUAAUACACGGCCUCACCUCUGCACAAGAUGCCAUCUUCCGCCGCUCCAUUCACGGCCCAAACGAGCUCCCUACCUCCGAGGAGGAUUCCAUCUACAUCCGAUUCCUUAAGCAAUUCGUGGAAUCCCCACUCAUUCUGUUACUGCUGGGUAGUGCCGCAGUCUCAUUCUUGAUGGGAAAUAUGGAGGAUGCGAUCAGUAUUACACUGGCGGUGCUUAUCGUAGUCGCUGUAGGCUUUGUGCAGGAAUAUCGCUCGGAGAAGAGCUUAGAGGCUUUGAAUAAACUGGUUCCGCAUUACGCGCAUUUACUACGAGGAAAGCCCGGUGAUGGAGAGUCUGGAUCGCCGGCUUCCCAGAUGGUCAUGGCCGGUCAAUUAGUACCCGGUGACUUGGUUACAUUUUCUACCGGAGACAGAAUUCCGGCAGAUAUACGGAUAACCCAAGCCGCCGGAGUAGAAAUCGAUGAAUCGAACCUGACGGGCGAGAAUGCACCUGUGAAGAAGCAGGUGGGUGCGGUCGCACCAAGAGACUCUAUGAACCCCACCCUUUCCGACUUAUCGAUCUCUGAUCGUAAAUGCAUUGCUUUUAUGGGGACUCUUGUUCGCAAUGGAAACGGCCAAGGUCUAGUAAUUGGAACCGGUUCUAAGACUGAAUUCGGUGCAAUUACUGCAAUGCUUAACAGCAUUGUUAAACCGAAAACUCCCUUACAAAACUCUAUGGACAAGCUUGGUAAAGACUUGAGUUAUGCGAGUUUUGCAGUUAUUGGGAUCAUUGUCCUGAUAGGAUUGUGGCAAGGAAGAAGCUGGAUCGAGAUGUUUCAAGUUGGUGUUUCUCUCGCAGUUGCAGCAAUUCCUGAAGGGUUACCAAUUAUUGUUACCGUUACACUGGCAUUGGGAGUUCUCAGAAUGGUACGACACGGUGGGAUUGUGAGGAAACUACCAAGCGUCGAGACUUUAGGAUGUGUCUCUGUUGUUUGCAGUGACAAAACUGGGACUCUCACAACAAAUCAUAUGACUGUUACAAAGAUCUGGACACCAUCGUUCACUGAACCAAUGGAGAAAUCUGCUUUAUUAUCUGAUAGUUCCAACGACCCCACGUUGAGCGCUGUUAUCCGAAUUGGUAAUCUUUGCAAUAACGCUCGCCUUUCUUCUUUGGGCACUGCAGCUGCAACAACCUCAAUUGGAAUGACUGGCGAUAACGGCCCCAAUACUAGGUUUGUUGGCCAAGCAACUGAUGUCGCGUUACUCGAUUUGAUGGACGCCUUUGAAGAAGUAGAUGUAAGGGAGAGAAGCCAAAGAGUAUCAGAAUCUCCGUUUUCUUCAGAAAACAAAUGGAUGGGUGUUAUUGUUGGUGGCGGUGAUAUAGGCGGACAAAAAGCAUAUAUCAAGGGAGCGCUGGAACAAGUUCUCGCAAGGUGCAAUACGUACCUUACAAGAGAUGGCAGAGAGGCGCCUAUGGAUGAUGCCCAAAAGAAGCUGGCCAAGGAAAAUGCUGAAAUGAUGGCGAAGGAAGGUUUGCGAGUGUUGGGAUUUGCGAGUGGGUCUGUAUCUUCCAGACCAAAUUCGGGAACUAGCCAUACCAGCUUAGAAGACGAUAGCGAUUCGGCCUACACCGGCCUUACAUUUGCCGGUACGGUUGGCAUGAACGAUCCACCUAGACAGGGAGUUAAGAAAGCUAUUCGAUCUUUAAUGCGUGGAGGUGUUAAGGUAAUUAUGAUCACUGGUGAUUCGGAGACAACGGCCGUAGCCAUUGCAAGGAAAUUGGGGAUGCAUGUUCUUCCAGACAACCAUGGCCCUGGCGGUAUUGUAAGGCCUGUUCUGAAAGGUGAAGACCUCGACAACAUGACGGACUCGCAACUAGCUCAAGCGAUCGCCACUACCUCUAUAUUUGCCCGCACUUCGCCAGAACAUAAGAUGAAGAUCAUCCGCGCCCUCCAAUCUAGAGGCGAUGUGGUAGCAAUGACCGGAGACGGCGUCAACGAUGCCCCUGCUCUCAAGAUGGCAGAUAUAGGCAUAAGUAUGGGCCUACAGGGAACAGAUGUGGCCAAAGAGGCAGCCGACAUGAUAUUAAGUAAUGACGACUUCUCCACUAUUCUUACUGCAAUUGAAGAGGGCAAGGGGAUUUUCUACAACAUUCAGAACUUUUUGACCUUCCAGCUUAGCACAAGCAUUGCGGCAUUAAGUUUGGUGCUGCUAUGUACCUUCUUUGGAUUGAGCAACCCUCUAAAUCCUAUGCAAAUCCUGUGGAUUAACAUCUUGAUGGACGGUCCUCCCGCACAAUCUCUCGGCGUUGAACCCGUUGAUCCAGCUGUCAUGACGCGACCUCCUCGCUCACGCAGCGAGCAAAUCCUGACCAAACCUGUUCUUAUUCGAAUCAUGACAUCCGCAUUCACAAUUGUCAUGGGUACAAUGUUUGUCUACACUAUGGAAAUGAAAGAUGGUGUUGUUACUCGUCGUGAUACAACGAUGACUUUCACCAGCUUUGUUCUUUUUGACAUGAUUCUUGCACUUUCCUGCAGGUCUGAGUCGAAAUCAAUAUUCAGGGUGUAUAAUUACGGCGCAAAAAGGAUCAAGAUUUGUCGAAUUUGCGAACAUCAGUUUAUAUCAGUAUCACUUUCCGCUACUUUUCUGUCAACAAUCUAG